UACAAUCUUUACUAUCUGAGCCAACAGCGAUGUACGCCACAGCUUUAAGUUUAGUGCUGUUGACAUUCCUACUGGAAAGCAUUGUGUGCUGGAGAUGGCCAGGGCAAAAGCCAUUCAAAAUUUCCUGCUUUCAUUUUGAAGUCUUUGGUGAUGUACAAAAUGUACAUUUCAAAGAGUAUACGCAGAGAGUUGCAGAGGAAUACAAUCUGCGAGGCUAUGUUGUGUACACAAACAACCAUACUGUGCGAGGCUAUGUCGAGGGACAGGAGAGCUACGUCCCUUACAUGAAGAAGUGGCUGACAGAAAGAGGUUCCCCCGAGGCCAGAGUGGACAAGGUAGUGUUUUAUAACGAGAGAUAUAUUGAUGAUUUUCGCUACAAAGUAUUCCAUUCGUGGACCGAGAUAACACGGAAAUGCAGCAAAAGAGGAUGUACAAAGAAAAAUAUGUUUUGGGUGCAAUCUGAAGUUUUCUGAUUAAAAUUGCUGAAUGAAAUUUCAACUUUCUGGUCUUUCAGCUUGACGCAUUGUUAAACACUCUUGUAAUUCUACAGCGUUCUGCAAUUAUAUUCUGCGGAAGUAUUAAGAAAUAUUUAGCUUAUAACUUCCAAUGUAUACCUGUUGUAAGAGAAGAGCCAUUUGUUUGUCACUAUUUCUAAGUAUUUAAUUCAGUACCUAGAUAAAUUGGCAUCAUGAUCACUUUAAAUACUAAUUUUAAUAAUUUUUAGUAACAACUGGCAAGCUUUUAGGGAAUGUGAAACUGACAAGUGAGCUAUGACUGUGAUUUAUUCUUGCACUCAACUUGUUUUAUAUAACAUCUACUUUUUCUCAUGCUUGGAUCUCAAGGUUGCUAGGACUGUUCAUAUUCUAGUUGUGGAGCUUUAUUUGCCAAUGGAACAUGUAGGGGUGAAUUGUAAACAAAUGAUUAAAUGAGUGCUUUAAACGCACUCACAGACCAACCAACUAGAAUCGAAAACCUACUUAUUUAAGAAUACAAAAGUCUCUCUAGAAAAAGCUCUACAAUAUAUCUUUUCUUUAAGGUAAGAACCAUUUAUGAUCAUUGCCUGAGGCAAUAUUUAUUAAGCUACAUAUGUCUUCACAAUGGAAGUUUUGUUGUGAAAUUAUUUUACUUUGGCGAGUUUAACACUAUUAUAUUGAUUUGUGUUUCUCUAACCUUAUGUAUUAAAUUAUUUUAAGAAUUCUAAUCCUCGAAACAUAGUAGUCUAUUACUAUAACAUAACAUAACGAUGAAAAAGGUCGGAAAUCCUGUUAAGUUUGUUUUUUGAUUGUAGAUCACAGAAUAAUAAGAGCCUAUUUUCUUAGUUCAUAUCAAACUUAACAAAGAAUUACAAGUAAAACCUUAACAUUUAUAAUAAAUUUCAUACUAUGCUGAAGUUUAAUUUAUCUUUUUUAUGAGAAUGGAGUCGGUAACAUUCCUAUUUUAUCUUAUCUACUAAUGCCUCCAUUCAUAAGUGUGGGAUAUGGCUGCCUUGCACUGAAGGAGGCAAAAGAAAAACAUUCUUUGAAAUACUGUCUAUCACAUACAAGAAUAAAAUAUGAUUAUUAAAAAAUAUUAUAACUUACCG